AUGGCUAGAAGACCAGCUAGAUGUUACAGAUACCAAAAGAACAAGCCUUACCCAAAGUCUAGGUACAACAGAGCUGUCCCAGACUCCAAGAUUAGAAUCUACGAUUUGGGUAAGAAGAAGGCUACUGUCGAUGAAUUCCCAUUGUGUGUUCAUUUGGUCUCCAACGAAUUGGAACAAUUGUCCUCUGAAGCUUUGGAAGCUGCUCGUAUCUGUGCUAACAAGUACAUGACUAAGAUCAGUGGUAGAGAUGCUUUCCACUUGAGAGUUAGAGUUCAUCCUUUCCACGUCUUGAGAAUCAACAAGAUGUUGUCUUGUGCCGGUGCCGAUAGAUUGCAACAAGGUAUGAGAGGUGCUUGGGGUAAACCUCAUGGUUUGGCUGCUCGUGUUGCCAUUGGUCAAAUUAUCUUUUCUGUUAGAACCAAGGACAACAACAAGGAUGUUGUCAUUGAAGGUUUGAGAAGAGCUAGAUACAAGUUCCCAGGUCAACAAAAGAUCAUCUUGUCCAAGAAAUGGGGUUUCACCAACUUGGAUAGACCAGAAUACGUUAAGAAGAGAGAUGCUGGUGAAGUUAAGGAUGACGGUGCUUUCGUUAAGUUCUUGUCUAAGAAGGGUUCUUUGGAACACAACUUCAGAGAAUUCCCAGACUACUUCACUCAACACGCUUAA